GUGAGGCGGGGGAAGGCGGCACCCGCAGGAGACAGACGCCGGCCAUGCCCGGCCCGCAGCUGCCCGCACGGGUCUCCCGCCCGCCGCCCCCCGCGCGCGGCAGUCUGCAGCCGCAGUGAGCAGGAAGGAGCGGCGGAGGCCGAGGCCGCGCCGGAGGCAGACGAGGACGAGGAGGAGGAGGAGGAGGAGGAGGAGGAGGAGGAGGAGGAGGCGCCACCCCCCGGCGAGCUCCGCCCCGCGACGGCCGCCGCUGGAUCCCAUGGCUGAGUCCUCGCCCGCGCGGGCCCUGCGGGAAGGGCCGCGCUCGCGCUCGGGCUCCGAGUCGGAGGAGGCCGAGCUGUCGCUGCGCCUGGCCCGCACCAAGACCCGCUCGUACGGCAGCACGGCCAGCGUGCGGGCGCCGCUGGGCGCGGGCGUCAUCGAGCGCCAGGUGGAGCACCGCGUCCGCGCCGGCGACACGCUGCAGGGCAUCGCGCUCAAGUACGGAGUCACGAUGGAGCAGAUUAAAAGGGCAAAUAAACUGUUUACCAAUGACUGUAUAUUCCUGAAGAAAACUUUGAACAUACCAGUCAUAUCAGAGAAGCCUUUGUUUUUUAAUGGACUCAACUCAAUCGAUUCUCCAGAAAAUGAAACUGUUGAUAGUGUCUCGCAUGAAGAGGUGCCCGUGGUGGCCGAGGAUGAGGAUCUGUCUCCCCCUAGUCCCCCCGAAUCCAGUAUCCAGCCUGUGCAGCCGGAGGAAGUGUCAGCACAAGACUUCCUGCAGAGACUGGAUCUACAGAUCAAGUUAUCAACACAGGCAGCCAAGAAACUAAAAGAAGAGAGCAGAGAGGAAGAAAGUCCAUAUGCAGCUUCCCUAUAUCAUAAUUGAUGAUCAGGGGGUGCGAGCUAACCUGGAUUUAAAGGCUGUUGGAAGGAACAACUGAAGAUUCCAAGCAUCCCUUUUGGAUUGUCAUCGAGCCCAUUUUUAAAUGACAAUUAUGUUUGACCUAUAGCACUUGCACUGAUGCUGACGUGUGUUCAGUUCACUCUGGCUGUCUGUCCUUUUAGUCUAUUAUGGCAUGGCACUUUGGAGGUGGCAGUAGUUUUUAGACUAGCUUUUGUAAAUACUAGCUGACAUCAACAUCAGACUAUUUACAUAUUGAAGCUGAAAGUGAUGUUUAUCUCUUGAGAAAUGCUAAUUCUGUGAGAACACAGUUGCUGUUGAAGUGUAGACUUUGCUCUUGUUUUUAUCUACAUAAGUGCUAUAUAUAUAUAUUUCGAUAUGUAUUACCUAUUCUGUAUUAAUAUGAAGAACCAAAUUUUGUCUGCUAUUUUGUAAAAAUAAACUACAAAAGUCUGAACAAGAAAAUAAACUAUGUUUUCAUAUUAGA